UGGUAUUGCGCGUUUCGGAAGGUGGUUCGGAACACAUUUCGCUUCAGUUAAUUCGCUUUCUAGAACAGAUAAAACAUGGGCAAUAAAAAUCAGCUGAAAAGGUUACAACAACAGCGUGCAGGUUUGCUGCGACGGAUGAUCAAAUCAACCGACAGCCGGCUGAAACCUGCGGACCGUUCCAAAACAGAGUCGAAGAAGAAACGCGACCCCGACGAACCGAAGCUCGUAGAACGACCGCAAGGUAGUUCGGCCAUGUUCUUCCAGUACAACACGCAGCUAGGCCCGCCGUACCACGUGCUGAUCGAUACGAACUUCGUGAACUUUAGCAUCAAAAACAAGCUCGACAUCAUCAAAACCAUGAUGGACUGUCUGUACGCCAAGUGUAUCCCGUACAUCACGGACUGUGUGGUGGCUGAGCUGGAAAAGCUUGGACAGAAGUACAAAUUGGCGCUGCGCAUCAUCAAAGAUCCACGCUUCGAGCGAUUGCACUGUAUGCACCGGGGCACGUACGCCGAUGACUGUCUGGUGCAGCGUGUCACCCAACACAAAUGCUACAUCGUGGCCACAAACGAUAAGGACCUGAAGCGACGCAUCCGCAAAAUACCCGGUGUGCCGAUUAUGAACGUUGCCGUCAAUCGAUACGUGAUCGAACGAAUGCCGGACGCUUUCGAACCGUUGACCAAGAAAUGAUCCAAUUUAUUACUUUAUGUUUUGUUUAUUAAGAGAAGAGGCGAAUACGAACAUUACAAACAAACGGA